AUGGAGAAUUUCCUAGAGAAAGUCAGAAAUAAUUAUGGGGGGAAGACAAGAGGUUACAAUCCGGCAAAGCAGGAGUGGAUGCAGAGGAGAAAGAACAAAUACAUCAAGGAUUCUAGUGGUGUCAUCUUAGGAGAAAUAAAGGAAGGGGAAGAAUUACAAGAAGCCAAUAAUAUGAUACAAACUCAUAAUGCUUUUGAGUUUCUGACAACUGAAGAGGAAGGAGUGCAAGAUGAGGAACCUGUCACAAAAAAAAUUGAAGAUCAGGUAGAGAUAGAGCAAAAACAAAACAGUAGGAAUAAACAGCACAAAGAUUCAGAUAUGGAGGAAGCAGAAGAAGUUAGUUCAACUUGUAUUACACCCAAACAAAAGCACACAAUAGAGAAAGUGAGCCAGAGUAUUUCAAUGAGGAGAAAAUGGAGAACCAUCAUUAAAAUGGGAAUAAGGGAUGAAAGGGAAAUAAGCACAGCAUUGGAGGUCAUAAACACUCAGCAUGAACAACCAAAAUCAGGAUUGGUAGGGGAACAGGAUCUUGAUAAACAUUCAAUUGAGCAAAACAUGCAAGCAGUGGCCAGAGCUGGAGAUCUUUCUCCUAAGCAGGUUGAUAAAGCAAUGGGGAGAGAUGAUAUGUUUGAAGUAAAAAUUGUGGUUGAUCAUCCCCAACUACUAACACUCAACUUAAAGGUUCAAGAACAGACAGAGGAGAUGUUGAUCUCAAUAGUUUAUGCAAAAUGCACUCAGACAGAGAGAAUGGAGUUAUGGGAGGCUCUCGAAGAUCAGUCUACAACAAAUCAAAGGCCAUGGAUGAUUGGUGGGGACUUUAAUGUCAUCACUUCUGAAGAGGACAAGUAUGGUGGAUUACCAUUGACUUGGGCUUUAAAGGAGGCAAAUAUACUUAGUGGAAUGGGAAAAGUGGAGAUGAUUGCUGAGUUUAUGGCAAACCCUCUUAAUUUAUUUCAUCACAAGUUAAAGAAUGUGAAAACUGCAUUGGCAACUUGGAGUAAGGUCACCUUUGGGAACAUUUUCCAAGAGAUUGAGACUUUAAAAGAGAUGAUUAAGGUGCAUGAGAUUCAGUUUGAAUUACAAUCUACCCCUACUAAUAGGGAAAGUCUUCAUAAGGUUCAGGCAGAUCUUAACAGAUAUCUACAUUUAGAAGAGAAAUUUUGGAAGCAGAAAGGAGGGAUGAAUUGGUUUAAGGAUGGAGAUAGAAAUACUACCUCUUUUCAUGCAUAUGUUCAAGGUAGGAGGAAGAGGUUACAGUUAAAAAGAAUCCAGAAUCAAGAGGGAAAUUGGCUGGAAAAUCAAGAGGAGAUUUCUCAGGAGGCAAUCAGAUUUUUCUCAGCACAAUUCACAAAGGAUGAAAAUCCAACAGAUUUUGAAAUCUUGGAUCAUAUUCCUCAGAUGAUUUUUGAGGAGCAGAGUACUUCUUUUGGAGAGAUCCCAUCAGAAGAUGAAGUUAAAAGAGUGGUAUUUAGCCUUAAUGGGGAAAGUGCUCCAGGACCAAAUAGUUUUACUGGGAUUUUCUAUCAAUCUUGCUGGGAGAUUAUCAUAGAAGACAUUAUCAACAUGGCUGGAUUUGUAAAAGGGAGAAGCAUAGCGGAGAAUGUUCUCCUUCCUCAAGAGAUUAUAUCAGACAACAGGCUUAGAACUAAAUCUGCCAAUGUUGUGAUGAAACUAGAUAUGGCAAAGGCUUAUGAUAGGGUUUCAUGGAUUUUUCUAAUGAAAGUUCAAAGAAAGUUGGUUUUUCAGAGCUGGGGGGUUAAGCAAGGAGAUCCUUUAUCUCCUACUUUGUUUAUUCUGACUGUAGAAGUUCUAUCAAGGAAUCUCAACGCCUUAAAUUUAAUUCCUCAAUUUAAAGGUUAUGGAAUGCCUAAUUGGAGCCCUAAGGUGAAUCAUUUGUCAUAUGUUGACGACAUGAUAAUAUUUUCAUCAGAAUAUGUGUUCUCUUUGCAACUUAUCAUGGAAGGAUUGAAGAAAUAUGAGAACACAUUUGGAUAA